AUGUUUCCAAGAUUGGUUCAACCCAGAGAAACCAUUGGCUUAACUCAGGAAGAUCUUCACCUUCAGGGCAGUAAUGGCAACGCUCAGACCCAUAGGGUCUCCGCCGCCGGCGACCCUUGUCUCGUCCUCACAUCCGAUCCAAGGCCGCGCCUCCGUUGGACCGCUGACCUUCACGAGCGUUUUGUUGACGCCGUUACUCAGCUCGGCGGUCCCAGUAAAGCUACUCCAAAGGCCAUCAUGCGCACAAUGGGUGUAAAGGGGCUUACGCUCUUCCACCUGAAGAGUCACCUCCAGAAAUACAGACUAGGUAAGCAAUCUCAGAAAGAUUUUGGUGAGGCUUCCAAUGAUGGGCUUUCAGCUGCGUACUCCUUAGAAAGCCCUUGCUCCAACAAUGUUCCUCAAAACCUUCCUGCUCCUGACAUAAAUGAGGGUUAUGAAGUCAAGGAGGCAUUGAGAGUUCAAAUGGAAGUCCAAAGUAAAUUGCAUCUACAAGUUGAAGCAGAAAAGCACUUGCAAAUUCGCCAGGAUGCUGAACGAAGGUACCUGGCCAUGCUCGAGGCAGCCUGCAAAAUUCUUGCUGAUCAGAUUAUAGGAGACGUUGUACCAGACACUGAGGGAGAAAAUUUCCAGGGAUUAGGAAUAAAGACUGCACUUAACCAACCUGUAUAUCCUUCUGAUCCUGCCAAUAUACAUACUGGCCCGGGAAGUGAAGAAGCAUCCCCCAGAAUUAAUACGCAAUGCAAUGAUGGUUCCACUGAAAGCUGCCUGACUUCGCAUGGGAGUCCUGCUGGGCUGCCUCUGGAUUCCUCAUCUCCCGGAGGAAAGAAACGAAUUUUAAGCAUGGAUUCAGCUGCCGCUUCAUUUGUUUGGAGGGAAGCGGAUACGAGAACACCUGGCGUGCAUGUGGUGCACAUGAAUUCUCUUGGGAUUAACAAGUGUAAUGAACAAAAGCUUUCUAAUUGACUUGUGCUACAAGGAGAGAAACACAUCUAAUUGUUUCAUCAUUUGACUAUGUUUAGAAGUGUUUGUAGCCCCUAUGUUGAUGUAAUUCAGCAAGCUGUAAAGAAAAGCUGCUUUUAAUGAAUUGUGCCUGCUUCCUUUUGUCUA